AUGUUUCGUUUUAAAACUGUGUCCUCGAUAUUAUUUUCUGUGGCUGCAAUACUCGUUUUUUUUGUUUUUAUUCUUCACAUUUUGGCUCCAUCAUAUCAAUCACCUAAUAAUAUCGUUACUCAUUCAAGUAAACGAUUGAAUCGUAUACAUUUUCCACGACUAGGUUGGGUUAAAGAUAAAACAACAUCUGUUUUUAUACCAGCUGAAUCUAGUCGACAAAUGACUGAACCGUUAAUAAAUUGUCGUGAAAAUCUAGUAACUAUUGAACAAUAUCGUUCACGAUCAGUAGUUCGUGGUGUUAUUGUUCGUUUUCCAUCAUUAAAAUCUGAUUAUUAUUUUGUACAAUUUCGUUGGUUUUAUCGAAGUUGGAUUGAAUCAGAAAUGUUUACACUUGAUCGUUGGCGUACAGAUAUAAUUAUAAUUAUUGAUGAUAAAUUUCCAAAUACAAUACGAAAAUUAUUAGAACAUUUAGAUUGUCAUAUAGAAAAUCAACGAGUAUCACGUCGACAAAUAUCACGAUGUAUACUUAUUAAUCAUAAAUUAUUUUCACAACAAUCAAAAACUCAACAACAAUUUUAUAUUGAUAAAUAUUCAAUAUUUAAUCGUGUUAAUGAACUUGAUGAUAAUAUUGAUCGUUUAUUUUCUAUUUAUGAUUAUAUCAAUCAGUUAAAUAAAACUCAAACCAAUUUUUAUGAUUUUUUAAUGAUAACAACUAUGAAUACAUUUUUAACAACACAAUUUGGAAAAUAUAUUCCAAUAAAAUGUUCAUUUCUUCUUGGUACAGCACCUGAUUAUUCAACAUUCUAUGGUAAAUCAAAUCAAAUUAGUCAAUUUAUUCAUAUUCUUCUAUAUACAUUAAAAGAAUCUAAUGGAACUCAAAGAAAUUUAUCAAUUGAUUUUUCAUCAACAAUAGAAAAAUUAAAAACAAAAUUUUUAUUUCUUGAAGGUCAAGUUGAUAUAUCAUGUGAUUCAAAAAAAACUACAUAUCGAACAUCUAUAUAUCAUUUAAAAUGUUAUGCACAUUCAACAAGUUUAUUUUCAGAAAGAAUGUUUCGUGAAAAAGCAUAUGAUGGUUAUGAAAAAGAACCAUUUAAUAUUUAUAUAGCACGUGAAUAUGCAACAUUAAUGGCUCUUCAAUCAAAAGUCAUGUCACUUGAUGAUUUACACAUAUUAGCUGUUAAUGUAACACGUCGAGAAGUUUAUACAUAA